CCCCAGUCCUCCUCCCGCCUCCGAGCGCCUGUGGAACACGGCAUCCCAGGCGUGUUUCUGGGGGACGGAGUUCGAGGGCGGACUCGAGGUCGGACUCGAGCGCUGCGUAGCUUCCGGGGGCCGCUGCGGCGUAGGGCAUGGCGGCUCUAGGACACCCUGCUCGGGAAGCACCAGCAGCCCUGCGACCGGGUACCGCCCACGCCUCCCGCAAACCCCAGCUCCUCGGCCGGGUACCCGACGCCCCGAGUCCUUCCGCUGCCCGUGUCAGCACAGGACCACCCACGUGCGUUGACGCUGUCGCCAGGGCGCACCCCGUCCGCGAUGAAGGCGUCACAGUCUCGAAGAAGCAGCAGCAGAAGAAAACCCAGAACAGGGUCUCUGUGGCGAAUGGAGGCGCGAAGGCCUCAGAGAAGCCCGCCGCAGAGGAACCCCCGCUAAGCGCCGAGGCCCAGGCAAGGGCGGAGCAGCUGGCCCGGGAACUGGCCUGGUGUGUGGAGCAGCUGGAGCUGGGCCUCAAGAUGCAGAGACCUACCCCGAAACAGAAAGAGCAGGCCAUCGGUGCAAUCCGAACUCUACGGAGUCACAGAACUCCCCUGCCUCGGAAGAGGCAGCUGAUGCACUCAUUGUUUGGGGACUACAGGGCCCAGAUGGAGGCGGAGUGGCAGGAGUCCUUGCGGGCCCUCAGGGCUGCUGCCCGUUCAGCCCAGGUACAACCUGUAGGCGAGGCCAUCAGAAAGAAGAGCCAAAGGAUCUGCAGACCUCGUCCAGUAGGGAGAGCCAAGGCCACUCUGAACACUCCUGAUGAAGAGUUUAGAUUCAAUUUCUUUUAGCUUCUCCCCAUCUUGGCAUCGUCCUCUCCCCCAGGGUGGUGUCAGGGUUUGUUGUGACUAGAGCCGUUCUAAGAAUUCUCUGUCUGUUGUGGGAUUGGUUGGUCUUUGCCUGGUCCAUGUAUUGUACUUGCUGGGUGUGGUGGCACAUGCCUGUAAUCGCAGCCACUUGGGAGGCUGAGGCAAUAGACCAGCCUCAGCAACUUAGCAAGAUACUGCCUCAAAAAAAAGGGAGCAGGGUUGGGCUAUAGCUCAGUGGAAGACCCUGGUUUCAUCCCCAGUACCAAAAAAGAAAAAAGAAUACCGUAGUUGGUCUCAGGAUUUGAUUCAGUAGCCACUGGUGAUGAGGAUUUGUGGAGAAGCUACAUAAUUUUACGUUGGGCUCAUUUUUUAAAAGAUCCUGUCCAGUGGCCUCAUUUAGUUUGGGCCACAGAUCUGUGCUUUAUGUAUUAUGUCACAUCACCCUAAUAAAUGGCCUUUUUUGAUAAAACUGGA